AUUUAUUUAAAUAAAUAAAUAAGGAAAUGAACAAUCAAGGGAACGCGAAAGCCCUAUCUUUCUAGAUUGUUCAUCGUUUCCAGACUUUCGGUUCUGUUCUCAGAUCGCUCUCAAGUUUCGUCAGCUCCUCAGAUCAUGAAACAAGAUUCAAAUAUGGAAGCAGAUUCUGCUUUGCCUGAAUGUGAGGAGAAGGAAGUAGGUGUGUCUGAUGUAGAGAAAACGGAGGGGAAUGUAGAAGAGUUCUCGACUGAACAUGAAGGUAAGGAGAAAGAAGCAGUUUCUUCGGCAGUUCAAGAAGAUAACAAAAUGAAAGAAGGCUCCCCUACAGAACUAGUAGAUGACAUGAAAGAAGCUGUAACUGAAGUUAGGAGCACCACUGAAGCCGGGGAGUCUGCUGAAAAGGCCAUCAAAGAAGGGUUGCGUAAAAAGAGAAUUGUAAAAGUUUUGAAGGUAAAAAAGAAAAUCGUAAAGAAAUCCCCAGCUAAUAGUGUGUUGAAAAAAAAAGAGGCACAGGUUGAACAGGAAGAUGACAGAAAGGACAAAGAGGUUCCUGUAGCUCAAGAAGUGGAAGAAAGUAUUUUGACUCAGAACCCCACUGAAAGUUCCAAUCCAGAGUCAAAGAAGAAGAACAAUGAAGUUUUAAAGGUGAAAAGGAAAAUUGUAAAGAAAUCUCCAGCCAGUAGUCAAAAAAAGACUAAUAAGCUUCAGACUAGUCCUAAGGUGCAAGUCAGAAAGAAAGUGGAGAAUAGUAAGAGUUUGUUGCAGGAGAAUGGGGAAGGAAGUGAAAAAAAGGUAGAAGAUACUGAGGAGCCUAACCAAAAAGAAAAUGUUAAGAAAAGUGUAUCAAAAAAGGAGCAUAUAGAAAAGGGAGAAGAUACUUCUGCUAGUAAAAAACAAAAUUCUGAGUCUAAAAAUAGCGUCAAAGAAGGGAAGAUCAUAGAGAAGGCUGGUUCUUCAAGUAAGAGCAUAAAGAAUCAGAAAAAGAAAGAAAAGGUUAGAGAGCAAAGGAUUCAAAGAGAAGAUAAUAGUAAAGAAAAUCUUGGUGGACUGAUUUUCAUGUGCAGCGCAAAAACGAAGCCAGAUUGUUUUCACUACAACGUAAUGGGUGUUUCUGCUGGAAAAAAGGAUGUUGUCUUGGCAAUUAAGCCUGGGUUGAAGCUCUUUCUCUACGAUUUUGAUCUCAGGCUUCUGUAUGGGAUUUAUAAAGCAUCCUCUACCGGUGGCAUGAAACUUGAGCCAAAGGCUUUUAAUGGGGCUUUCCCUGCUCAGGUGCGGUUCAAUAUUUACAAGGAUUGUUUUCCACUACCCGAGAAUGUUUUCAAGAAGGCUAUCCAAGAGAACUAUUAUGAGAAGCACAAGUUCAAAGCCGAGCUCACUGUUAAACAGGUUAGGAAGCUCUCAGAUCUUUUCCGACCAGUUGCACUCCAUUCGAGUGCUGCUCCUGUCUUGUCCCAUGUGGAGGUACCAAUUAGGGAUAGAAAUAUUCAUGGGAAAGCUAAAGACAUUCGGGUUAGGAACUCCAAGUCCAAGGAUGAUGCCAGGAAAUACCAUUUGUCAUCUCAUGGAAGGGAUCGACAGAGAGAAGAGGCACCUAGACGUAGAGAGGAGGUUCCUCGUGAUUUAUACCUAAGCGAAAGGGACUAUCGAACAUAUGGGCUCCGGGCAGAGAGAAGAAAUUUAGACCCUGUAUCUCGAUCUUCUUUAGAAACAUACCGCGGGGAUCAGGAUAGGGACUAUCAACUGAAACAUCUAGAGCCUAGAUACAGGGAUGAUGUCUCGACACACGCACAGAGAGAAAUAGUCCGUGCGGAUCAAGUAUACUUUAACGGGAAAGAUUAUCCAGUUUACAGUAUUGAUUCUAGACAGCAAAUAUCACCUCUAAGACCAAUAUCUGCUAGUGGUACAGAACACAAUGCUUAUGAUUCGAUUUACAGUCGUCAAUAUGGCCUUUCCUCGAUUGAUCCAUAUCUGCUUUCAUCAAGGAGGGAGGAAGCAGCCCCUCCAACUUAUUCAAGAAGUUAUGUAGCUGAUGCUGAACCCAUGAGACAUGCUGCUGGUGCUCUAUCGCAUUACAAUCAAGUGCACUAUAAAGAUGUGGAAAAAGAUACAAUGCCGGUUUCAUCGCGAUACUCAUUCGCCGGUCCUUCAUUCUCUUAUCGCUAAUUUAAUUUCCAUUUUUCGUCUGGAAUUCCAUAUAGCACAAGAACUUUGAUUGAGUAUGAAAUUUUGAGUCUCAGACCCUCUUUGUGCAGUUGGAAUUCCAUCUUACCCUUUUAGUAGUGAUAAUGUGAUGAUGGGGGAAAUAGGGUUUCGGCCGUUGUAUUGGAUUAUGUUGGCGAGUGCCUAAUUACUUGCAAGAUUGCUCUAUCAAACUGGGGUUCUUAAUCAUUGCUGCACUUGUUUUUGACGUGUUGUAGAAUUUGAGGAUGAUUGCAAUUUGAUUUGAUGAAAAAUCUCGAGUAGGUCAAGAAUAAUGUCAAUAUGGAGGACGAUAUUUAUGUAGCACAAUUGUUUUUAACGAUUUCACUUUUUGCAA